CGAACACCCUGCUCAACAGGCCUCAUCCUCCUCUCUGCCCUCUCUGCCUGCCUGCCCGCCUGCCCCCCCCCCGCCGGUCCGGUCCGCUACAUAUCUCGGCCACCUGGCCCAGAUCACUCGGGCGUUCCACCGACCACACCGACACACCACAAUAAAACAGCAACACCGCAUUGUCCGCUCAAUCCAACCCACCACAUAAGACUCCUGCAAUAUGUCACCAACACCACCACCCCAACACGCCACCGACCCGUCCGCUCCCACCUUAAUCUACCCCGCCAACUGGACCCCUCGCUCCUCCAAACGUCUCGCACACCACCUCCCCGACCCCUCUCUCGCCCUACGGCGCGCAACCGACACAGCGCAGCGGCACGGGUACGGCUUCUGGCAAUAUACGAGCGCCGCGCGGAUGGGCGGGUGGAUGAUUUGGAUGGUCGUUGCGGGAGUCAUGAUAGCGAACUGGGUGUUGGGGUGGGAGGGGAGGGGGUGGGAGUGGGUUUUGGGGUCGAAGGGCGGUGUGGGGAUUGGGAUGGAGGGGGAUAGGAGGUCGUACGUUGUUAAGGCGGGGUAUUGA